AUGGUCAACAGCAGCAGCACCUCCUCCUCCAUGACCUCGACGUCGCAUACGCUGACCACCUUCCCGACAUCGAACGAAAUCCCGUUCUCCACCAGGAACCCCACUAUCAUGGCGGCGCCAAUGGCCAGCCUCCUCAGGGCCCUCGAGCCCGCGAACAGACAUACAUUCAUCGCACCCUCGUCCUCGCUACCAGAGGCCAGCUUGGGGGUCGUCAAGGAGACGCUAGACUCUUUUGCUGGAACCUUGGGCGAUGAGCAGGCGCAACGACUGAAAGAGCAGAGGAAGAAGAGGAAGAGGGGGGAGGCGGGUAUGGACGACGGGGAAGUGCUGAAGAUUCGGAAGAUCUACACCGAGGGCUUCGAGGUGGAGCAGGUAUGGGAGCAAGCUAGGAGGGUGAUUGAUGCUUUGAGAGGGGAUGCCGAGAGGGUGUUGGAAGACUUGGGGGAGCUAGAGGAGAGUGAUCAGGGAGCCGGCAAUGCGGACGAGGGAGUCGAUUUGUUGAAGUUUGAUGAGGAUGGGUUUGAAAUGGGGUCGGAUGAUGAGAGUAUAGACGACGGUGAAGGACAUGAGGAAGUAGGUUCCGAAGUCGAGGAUUUGGACGCAGGGGAUUUUGGAGGCGACGAUGAGGAGGCUUCUGAGGGUCUGGAGGCAGAAGAAGGCUUUGAAGACGAGGAAGAAGAUUCAGAGGGGGGGGGUGUCCCUGCGGGCCUUUACGUCGAGGAUCCACACAAGCUGAAUGAUGGCUUUUUCUCCAUCGACGAAUUUAACAAACAAACCGAGUUUCUGGAACAACAAGACGCAGCAGCCGAUCCGUAUACUGGAGAAGCAAGCGACGAAGAAGAAAUUGACUGGGAUGCUGACCCAUCAGCAUUGGCUCCUAAGCCUACCUCAAGCUCCAAAAGAGCUGCAGCUAUGGACAUCGAAGACGAGGAGGAAGAGGAAAGCGGAGAGGAGGAGAACGAUGGUCCAACAUUCGGAAACAUGGAUCUGAAUGCCCCAGAAGGCGACAGCGAUGACGGAGAAGAAGAUGACGAGGACGACAUGGACCAAGAUCCUAUCGGCGACAACACCAACAACGUCCUUUACAAGGACUUCUUUGAGCCCCCCCCUCGCAAAGUCGGCAAAGCAGUAAUGCAAGCCAACUAUCUGGAACGUCAAGUCCGCAAAGCCCAAGCGCCAGGCCCGGUAGAUGACGAGGCUGGCCUUCAGCGAGCCAUGGCAGAUGUCCGCCGCGACCUCUUUGAAGAGUCGGAAAAUGAGAUGUCUGAAGACGCACUUUCGGACGUCGAUGCCGCGGAUCCUAAAUCGAGGAGAUCUGCUCACGAGCGCAGACAGGCCAAACUUGCGGAUGAGAUCCGCCGUCUGGAAGCUGCGUCUGUCGCUAAACGCGAAUGGACACUCGCAGGAGAGGCCAGAGCCGCAGACCGCCCGCUCAACUCCUUGCUAGAUGAAGACCUCGAAUUCGAGCGUACGGGCAAACCAGUCCUGGAAGUCACAGCCGAAGUAAGCGAGAGCAUCGAAGAGCUCAUCAAGCGCCGCAUCCUGGCUCAGGAAUUCGACGAGGUGAUCCGCCGCCGCCCCGAAACCGAGAUCACAACCGCACGGCGAGGGCUCUUCGAGCUUGAUGACUCGAAACCGCAGCAGAGUCUCGCGCAGCUGUACGAGGAAGAGCACGUCAAGGAGCGCAACCCCGACACGUACGUCAGCAAAUCCGAGGAGAAGAUCCGGCAAGAGGAGAACGAGAUUGAAGGGCUGUGGAAGGACGUCAGCGCCAAGCUGGAUGCCCUCAGCAGCUGGCACUACAAGCCUAAACCCGCGGCUCCAAGUCUGACAGUCGUGUCGGACGUCGCUGCCAUCUCCAUGGAAGAUGCGCAGCCGACGACUGCCAUGGGGAUCUCGGCCGGCCAGAGCAUGCUAGCGCCGCAGGAGAUCUACAAGGCGGGUAAGGAUAAGAAGACGAUCGGCGAGGGCGAGGUGGUGCCGAAGACGGGGGCGCCGGUCGCGAGGCAGGAGAUGACGAGGGAGGAGAAGCUGCGCAGGAGGAGGAGGGAGAAGGAGAGGAUCAAGAAGAGGGGCGGGGAGGAGCUUGGGCAGAGGAAGGAGAGCAGGAAGAGUGUGCAGAAGAGGGAGACGUUGGCGUCGCUCAAGAAGGGCGGGGUCAAGGUCAUUGGCAAGAAGGGCGAGGUGAGGGACGUGGAUGGGAAUAAGGUGCAGGAUGCUGCUGCUCUCAACGGGGCCGGUGGAUUCAAGCUGUAG